GUCCUGCCCAUGGAAGCACGCACCAACUUCUUCUUCAUUAUCACUGCUGCCACACCCCCUUCUCCCUCUUCCCCCUUCACCGCCAUGUCCAGCCAAACAGUCGUCCUGUCACCACCGCCUGCAUCAUCACCACCAUCCUCCGCCACCUCGCCUUCACUUCCACCACCAGAACUGUCACCUCCACCGCCACCAUCGUCCUCCCCACCACCGCACGUCCCGAAAACCUACAGUCUAACAGCCUCCUCCAUCUCCUACGCCAAACCUACCACCCAACCCACCUUCCUCACCGCCCUCCUCUCCCAUUGCACCUCCCCCGCCUCCCCCACCUUCAUCCUCCGCAACGUCUCCUUCACCGCCCACCCCUCCCAGGUUCUCGCCAUCGUCGGCCCCAGCGGCGCAGGCAAGUCUACUCUCCUGGACAUCCUCGCCGCCCGCACUGCCCCCACCGCCGGCUCCCUCCUCCUCAACUCCGUCCCUAUCCACCCACCUUCCUUCCGCAAACUCUGCGCCUACGUCCCCCAGCAUGACGCCUCCCUCCCGCUCCUCACUGUCUCCGAGACCUUCGACUACGCCGCCCGCCUCCUCUUCCCCUCCCGCCGCUCCCACCAGCUCCGCUCCCUCGUGGCCUCCAUCCUCUCUGAGCUCCGCCUCUCCCACCUCGCCGACGCCCUCCUCGCCUCCGGCCUCUCCGGCGGGGAGCGUCGCCGCGUCUCCAUCGGCCUGAGCCUCCUCCAUGAUCCCGCCAUCCUCCUCCUCGACGAGCCGACCUCCGGCCUGGACAGCGCCUCCGCCUACCACGUCCUCCAGACCCUCCGCUCCGUCGCCGCCUCGCGCCACCGAACCGUGGUACUCUCCAUCCACCAGCCGAGCUACCGGAUCCUCUCCACCAUCGACUCCCUCCUUCUCCUGUGCAGGGGCACCGUCGUCCACCACGGCGACAUCGCCUCCCUGGAACUCUUCCUCCUCUCCAGAGGCUUCACUGUUCCACCCCAGCUAAACGCCCUCGAGUAUGCCAUGGACAUUCUCAACCAGCUCCACGACCAAACCAGCCCGUCGCCUUCUUCAAAUGAUCUGCCUCCUCCCCAGUCUCUUCCCUCGAACAAGAACUCCAUUUCCUGUGUUGGGUACUCGAGUUCCCGAUUCAACGAGAUUUCCACGCUCUCUAGAAGGUUCUGGAAGAUCAUCUUCCGCACCAAGCAGCUGCUUCUCGCCAACACCAUCGAGGCAGUCGGCGUCGGGAUCCUCUUAGGAACCAUCUACAUCAACAUCGGCUUCGACAUGAAAGGGAUUGAAAAGAGACUCGGCUUUUUCGCCUUCACCCUGACGUUCUUGCUCUCUUCCACCACAGAAACUCUUCCCGUCUUCGUCAGCGAGAGGCCGAUCUUGCUCAGAGAGACGUCCAGCGGCAUCUACAGAGUCUCCUCUCAUCUCAUGGCCAACACAAUCGUCUUCCUCCCUUACCUUCUCGCCAUAGCCUUCAUGUACUCCGUCUCCGUCUAUUUCUUGGUGGGGCUCUGCGCGUCGUGGCAGGCGUUCGCCUACUUCGUGCUGGUCAUCUGGGUGGUGGUGCUAAUGGCGAACUCAUUCGUGCUCUUCCUGAGCUCGAUCGCGCCUAACUACAUCGCCGGGACGUCGCUGGUCACUGUCUGUCUCGCCGGAUUCUUCCUCUUUUCCGGCUACUUCAUCUCGAAGGACAGCAUUCCGGGGUACUGGCUCUUCAUGCACUAUUUCUCUCUCUACAAAUACGCGUUGGACGCGCUGCUGAUCAACGAAUACUCGUGCUUGGCGUCGAGGUGCUUCGUGAGGCUGGACGGCACGGAGAUAUGCGCGGUGACGGGAAGGGAUGUGCUACAGUUGAGGGGACUCCAUGAGAGGCAGAGAUGGACCAACGUGCAGGUGAUGGUGGGGUUCUUCGUCUUCUAUCGGGUGCUGUGCUUGGUUGUUCUCAAGAGAAGGGCGUCCAUUUCCAAGAAAUGAUUCGUCUGCCGAAAGAUCCAUCAUUGUUGUUCGACCACAUCUACAAACAGAUCUAUUGAAGUGGCAUAGAUAUGGUGGCGUUCAUGGUGUUUGUCCAUGUUCAGAAGUCUUCACAUCACAAACCAUUUCAAUAAGCGUUGUACUGUGAUAAUUCUUCUGGUGAAUUAUUGGUAAAGGUGUACGUGUCAUUCUUCCACCAGACAUUGAUUAGUUUUAAUAUGGUCCAAAUGCACAAUCAUCUACAAAGGGGAGACAUCCAGCUAACAAGCAGGUGCAUACUUUGUCUCACUAUCGACGAAACUUUACUCAACCAUUCAGGGUGUUGAAAAGGAAGCCAUCUCGACAGUGUGGCUGGUCAUUAUCUCCUUCUAUCUUUAUCCAUUGUAAAUCAGGUCUGUAAAUCCGAUAUAAAA